AUGGCGCCCACAGUCUCAUUAGUAAACAAGCUCAAGGUGCAGCUCAAGCUGUCGAUAUCGCGACUACGCAUGGUACAACAAAAGGACAGCGCAAAAGUGAAGCAGCAAAGAAGAGACAUGGCGCAGCUAAUCGAGGCCGGCAAAGUACAAUCAGCACGAAUACGAGUCGAAAACAUCAUCCGCACAGACAUAACCACCGAACUACACGAGAUACUAGAACUCUACUGUGAACUCCUCCUCGCACGGUCGCAGCUCCUCGAAUCGCAGGUUUCAUCUUCGAACACGACGACGUCGGCCACAUCGGGCAUGCUGGAUCCCGCGCUGGAGGAAGCAGUAAGAAGCAUAAUAUACGCCGCGCCGCGCACGGAGAUCAAAGAGCUACACACCGUGCGAGCGCUGCUGGUGGAGAAGUUUGGGAAAGAGGUGGCGCUGGCUAGUAUGGAGGGUGAGGGCGUCGCGGAGAGAGUGGUGAAGAAGCUGCGGGUCGAGACGCCCAAGGAGGAGCUGGUCGAGGCGUAUAUGGCGGAGAUUGCGAAAUUCUAUGGUGUGGCGUAUGGGUCGGCGGCAAAGAGCGAUGAUGAUGAUGAUGGGGAGGAGGAUGACGAUGAACCGGCGGGCGGCAUAGCGGAACAAGAGCUCGAGGACCCAUUGAUGACAGAUGAUGCAGGCAAGAGCAAGAAAGAAGAAGAGAGGGAAGCUCUCGCAAAAGCUACAACGCCCAAGAAACUCGGUCCGCAAAGUCCGCUGCGCGUUGUGCCGCCAAGUCCCAGUACGGAUAAUGUGGCGCCUCGGUUGAAGUUACCGGGGAGUGCAGCGGCGAAGAUUGCAAAGACUGAGGCUACGAAGAAACCGCCGGCAAAGAAGGAGGAUGGGUUGGGAAAGAUACCUGAUGUAGAUGAGCUUGCUAGACGGUUUGCGGAGCUCAAACGCUAGUCAGAAAGCGGGAUAUGACGGGCAUUUAAUUAUGGUUUACAUUGUUUUGAUAUCAUGGAUAUAUGUUGGCAGAAGGCUGGAUAAGAUUGACGACGACCUUUUCCCGCUUGGUAAAUCUUUGUUUUA